CCCACCAGUUUCCGGCCCCCGUCCAAUCCUGCCUAUAUUGUUAUUCGCAACACCCGUCUGCGGUGGGCAGCUCGAAGCUUUCGACUCCCCUUGAGCCAGGAACAAUUGAACUCCUGAACUGAGACGAGCACGCACCGUGCUCAACGUACCGCAUUCACAAUGGGCGACUCGGCAGAGACCGAGAGUCUCCGGCCCUUCGGCCCCGCUCGCUCGACCAUCAAGGGUGCGCCGCUCUCCGAUGGCGAGAUCAAGAAGUACAACGACUUCUUCAAGGCCAGUCUGUACCUCAGUCUCGGCAUGAUCUACCUCCGCCAAAAUCCUUUGCUUAAGGAGCCGUUGAAGAAGGAACACCUCAAGGCCCGCCUUCUCGGUCACUUCGGCUCUGCCCCUGGCCAGAUCUUCACUUACAUGCAUUUCAACCGCCUGAUUGUCAAGUACGACCUGGAUGCCAUCUUCAUCUCGGGCCCGGGCCACGGCGCUCCCGCCGUGCUCUCGCAGGCCUACCUCGAGGGCACCUACUCCGAGGUGUAUCCCGAGACGUCCGAAGACGAGGAGGGCAUGCAGAAGUUCUUCAAGCAGUUCUCCUUUCCCGGCGGCAUCGGCUCGCAUGCGACCCCAGAAACACCGGGCAGCAUCCACGAGGGUGGCGAGCUCGGUUACUCGAUAUCCCACGCUUUCGGCGCCGUCUUCGACCACCCCGACCUGAUCGCCGUCACCAUGGUCGGCGACGGCGAGGCCGAGACGGGCCCGCUGGCCACGUCGUGGCACAGCACCAAGUUCCUCAACCCUAUCACCGACGGCGCCGUGCUGCCGAUCCUGCACCUCAACGGUUACAAGAUCAACAACCCGACCAUCCUCGCCCGCAUCAGCCACGAGGAGCUUAAGAACCUCUUCGUCGGCUACGGCUACGAGCCCUACUUUGUCGAAGGCGACGAUGUCGACUCGAUGCACCAGGCCAUGGCCGCGACUCUUGAGCACUGCGUGCUAGAGAUCAGGAGAUUCCAGAAGCAGGCCAGAGACUCGGGAAAGCCGUUCCGGCCUCGCUGGCCCGUCGUCAUCCUCCGCACCCCCAAGGGCUGGACCGGCCCGCGCAAGGUCGACGACAAGUACCUGGAAGGCUACUGGCGCGCCCACCAGGUGCCCAUCACGGAUGUACACGAGAACUCGGACCACCUCAAGCUGCUGGAGCGUUGGAUGCGCAGCUACGAGCCGGACCGCCUGUUUGCCGACGGCAAGAUCAGCCCGGAGCUCAAGGCGCUCUGCCCGACGGGCAACCGGCGCAUGAGCGCCAACCCAGUCGCCAACGGCGGCGUCCUAAGGAAGCCGCUGAGGAUGCCCAACUUCCGCAACUUCGCCAUCCCAGUGGAGAAGCCGGCUGCCGUGAAGAGCUCGGGCAUGCAGAACAUGGCCAAGUUCCUGCGCGACGUCAUGGCCCUGAACCCGACCAACUUCCGCCUCUUCGGCCCGGACGAGACCGAGUCCAACAAGUUGUCCGCCGUGUACGAUGCCGGCAAGAAAGUCUGGAUGGGCGAGUACUUCGAGGAAGAUGAGAACGGAGGGAACCUGGCCCCUGCCGGCCGCGUCAUGGAGAUGUUGUCCGAGCACACUUGCGAGGGCUGGCUCGAGGGCUACAUCCUCAGCGGCCGCCACGGCCUGCUGAACAGCUACGAGCCGUUCAUCCAUAUCGUAGACUCCAUGGUUAACCAGCACUGCAAAUGGCUCGAGAAGUGCCUCGAGGUGGAAUGGAGGAACAAAAUCGCGUCAUUGAAUAUUUUGCUCACAGCCCUGGUCUGGCGCCAGGACCACAACGGCUUCACCCACCAGGACCCCGGAUUCCUAGAUGUCGUGGCCAACAAGAGCCCCGAGGUCGUCCGCAUCUACCUCCCGCCCGACGGCAACUGCCUGCUCUCGUGCAUGGACCAUUGCCUGCGGUCGUCCAACUACGUCAACGUGGUCGUCGCCGACAAGCAGGAGCACCUGCAGUACCUGUCCAUGGAGGACGCCAUCGUGCACUGCACCAAGGGCAUCGGCAUCUGGCCGCAGUUCAGCACCGACAAUGGAGAAGACCCAGACGUUGUGAUGGCCUCCUGCGGCGACGUCGCGACGCAGGAGUCCCUGGCCGCCAUCGACCUCCUCCUCCAGCACUUCCCGGACCUCAAGAUCCGCUGCGUCAACGUCGUCGACCUCUUCAAGCUUAUCUCGAACGUCGAUCACCCCCACGGCUUAACUGACAGGGAGUGGACCGCCCUCUUCACCGCCGACCGCCCCAUCAUCUUCAACUUCCACAGCUACCCCUGGCUGGUCCACCGGCUGACGUACAAGCGGCCCGGCGCCGGCGAGAACCUGCACGUGCGCGGCUACAAGGAGAAGGGAAACAUCGACACGCCGCUCGAGCUGGCCAUCCGCAACCAGACGGACCGCUUCAGCCUCGCCAUGGACGCCAUCGACCGCAUGGUGCCGCGCGGGCUCGGCAACCGCGGCGCCGCCGCCCGCGAGGCCCUGCGCAGCGCCCAGAUCAAGGCCCGCAACCUGGCCUUUGAGGCCGGCAUCGACCCGCCAUCGUUGAGGGACUGGGUCUGGCCGCAUAAGCGGUAGCGCGCUGGUGCGGGUCGCGAUUGAUGCUGAGGCUGAUGGGCUAGGCUGGGUUUGGGAGUGUGUGCUUGGUAACUGGGUAUAUUGACAGACGCGACAGUGACGAUCCUCAACAGGGCGAGGGCCCAAAGCGGGCCGUGGAAGUCAACGUUGUAUUUACCUAUCUUGAGCACUUUCUGUGCACUAAUGACUUGCUAUAAUGUUAGACCGUGAGAAACCAUACUUGGGUGAACCGCGACGGGUGAAAGUGAGGUAGUCUCUCUCUGCGCCCCACUCGGGAAAAGGAGCCAGCCUAGGAGGACACAACACCUGGAAGAGGAGUCUGAAAGCGGGGGCCUUGCUCUCCGUCCACCCUCCGGAUUUGGAGUUCGGCCUCUAUGCCGGGCUCAGUGCCCCGAAAACAAUUCGCUUCAUAUCUGAUGGUUGGUGCUACCAAGGGCCUACUGUACGUGUAAAUGGGAACUCCGCAGCUGAUGGCUUGGUGUACACUACCUAGUAUACGCUAGCGUACGAGUGUACGGAUCCGGACAUGGGUGGACUCGGCGACAGCCAUUGAGAAUCA